AUGGCGGCCUCAAUGGUUCGCCAGGGCCGAAAUCUAAGAAGUGGGCGAUUCCGAAAUCGCCACGAAAGUGAAACUGAAAUCCGUCUUGACUUUGCCAAGGAACCCAAAGAAAAUGUUAAAGAAAUACUGCACCACAUUGUGCUGAAGAGUGUGUGUCCCAAAGCUAAAAAACUGGGAUAUUUAAACUGUUUUGUAAGACUCAUUCAUUAUGUGAAGAAGUCUUCCAAUGCACUGACAUUUGGAUUCACAACGAAAGAGAUUCUUUCUUGUUUGCGCGUCGGGUUGCUCGAUGAAGCAAAAGAAGUACGAGCAGCGACACUCCGGGUUCUGCGUCACCUGCUGCUGUUUGAUGACACUCUCGAUACGCUGCUAUUCCUACGAUUGGACUACUUUGUGGCCAGAUGCCUGGACACAUGUUUAGACAACGAGAUAGAAAGAAUUCAUGCAGUCAAACUGAUACGAAAGAUCAUCCAGAUUGCUCCACAUAAGUUACCAUCUUCAUUUGUCUUUCCACUGAUCUCAAUCGGCAAAGAUGGCGCCAGUGAAAGAGAUAGAUUGCUACGCGUGUCUCUCGCCACUAUUUGUGAGAUUGCAAUAUCUAACAUAAGCCUAAUGUCACAAUGUGGCGGACUGAAUUGUUUGCUACAGAACAUACUGGACUCUCACCAGUACCCACGUUUGAACGAGUCACUCGUGUGCACUGUGUUAUACCUGCUAAACCACCCAAGGACACGGCACUAUAUUAGGGCAAACACAGACCUCGAGCAACUCUUGGCGCCAUUUACAGACUGUCACUUUAGGUACAGUGGGGAGACAGACCAUCAUCAUGCAGAUGACAAAGAGGCUAGGUUUAUCGCUGGAAAAAUGGCGCUGGUGUGCAUGAUGCGAUCAUGGCCUGGUUUAAUACGACUGUGUCAUCCAGAAGGGUCAGGUCUGCAGUCCCUCAUUGGAAUACUCUACCUCCCUUACACAGAAAUCAGAAAAAACAUCAUGGAAACCUUGUUUGAUCUCUUCAGACUGACCUUACCUCAGUGGACCUCGGAUUUUGCGACUGCUCUCAUUAGUGUUGACCGCAGUGAUAUGCAGGAAACAUGGCGCCUCUCCGAAGGGUUUAUAGUGGAGGAAGGUCGAGCAGUGUUACCUCAUUUAGCUAAAACAAGAACAAAUCUUGUUGAGAAUCAUUUAGCACUGAUCUUAAGUGCUUGGAUUAGUGCUGGCAUUUUAGAGGCAUUGAUUGAAGUUGUGAUAAGCAGCGAAGGAGCCCUGUUUACCAGAGCUGUGAUAUUGUUGGGUGAAUUGCUGCAUUUGGCCUACAAACUACUCCCUCCAGAAACCAGCAGCCAUAGUCAUUGUUUACCAAGUUUGAUAACCAUGGCUUCCUCCUUUGAAAUUCCUCUUGCAAAGCGACACCAGGCCAGUGUGGCUGUGACCAACCUGACUCAUUUACAUUCACUGAAGAAACGCGGACCGGUUCCACACAGUCUCUUUCUCGAUCAGCUUCUGCAGCAUGCUGGGAAAUUCAUUGAAUUCGUAGGCAGACACUGGCACUUGAAACGAGACAGCUUGUCAGAGCUGUACUUCACAAAGGCCCUGGCUGAUGACCUCGUGUCUCAAGUGGUGCGUGACACUCAGAUUCUUGGAAACAGAGAUUGGAAGUGUUGGGACUGGAAUCUCAUUAGUUCUUUGUUGAAGUGGCCAGAUGAUAAAUUACGAAGACUUGAUGACCAGAAUGUAAUCAGACUGGUGAAAAAAGUUAUUUAUUUCUUCAAACCAACGAAUGACCAAUUCUCUCGUAUGGACCUCAAAUGUGAUAAUUCAAGACUCUUCUGCAAAGUAGGCUGUCAUCUGAUAGACUUCCUUAUCAAGUCACAUCAGGAUGAGGCACAAAAACACGUAACAGAAUGGCUUACAGAUAUUGCACAGUGCUUAUACGAGCUGAGCGCCCACAGAGUGGCUCCCGAGUCGAUAUUCGGUAUGAACAGUAUGCACCAUUCUCUCAGCCAGUUCUACUUCCUCUUCAUCGGUCGCUUCUCACUCACGCCACGAGGUGAUCGCUUCUUGGAAAACACAGGCAUCUUUCAAAACCUUUUGGAUCUGAUUGGUCCGAACACUCAAGACAUUUACAUCAAGUUGGCUGUGGCCAGUUUGAACUAUUCAAGGGAGGGAUCCGCUCGCACCAUUUUGUCCAAAGCUCUCACUGCUUCCUCUGAGACUGGUAGAAUAUAUUGUACCAGAUUCCUGAGAGUGCUGCUUCGUACGGGUAUUGCGUCCUUCUCGUCAUGGGGUAUCGAGUUCCUGGUGACCCAGCUGUAUGACCCCAGUCAGAUAGUGGCCGGAGUAGCGUUGAAUAUCCUGGACGAGGCUUCAGAAAUAAACGAAAACCUAGAAUCCUUGAUCAAGUUAAGGCCUUCACUGCUACAUCUCGGUGACCAGGGUGUGAUGAUGUUGUGUCGGUUCUUGUCUGUUCCUAAAGGGUUCAAGUCUCUCAUGGACUCCAACUUUGUGAUGCAUGAGCUGCAGAAAUGGAACAAGGGCUUCAACACCAGAUAUGUUCAGAUAGUGGAGGAAAUGCUGAAUGAAGCGCUGACCACGUAUGAGAAGACGUACGAGGGUUCAUUCACAAGACGAUCAAUACAAAAACAUCCACAGAAAGAUGUGUUUCUUCCAAUGCAUCUUUAUGGUCAACUAACGAUGCAUGAAGACGGUUUUGACAUGCUCAAGAAAGAGGAAUGUGUCCAUCAGUAUAAUCAGUAUGUUCGGAGUUUGGAAUUACUGUCAGAUGAUCAUAUUCUUAAGUUGAAAACUGCCUUGUGGGCUCUGGGUCAUUUAGGAAUCUCUGUGGAAGGAGUGACCUAUUUGGACAAAGAAAGAUUGAUACCGGAAUUUAUCCGAUUGGCUGAGGAAUGUGGAGUGUUCUCAAUCAGAGGCACAGCCUUCUAUGUGUUGGGACUUCUAGCUUCGACUAGAAAAGGGACAGAAAUUCUUGCCAGGUAUGGUUGGGAGUCGAUGUGCCGUACAAGAGAGGAUCUGUGGCCAGUCAUGGAUGAGGGGGGCUGCUUUCCCUUUCAGUAUCGCGGGUACCUAGGUGACAGUUGUUCUAGUUUUCAUAGUGCUUUCAAAGGAGAUGGGGACAAAGUGAUGGUCAUGGGAAGCACACAGUUGUCUUUCAUUGAAGAGGAAGAGAAGGGGGAUAACUCUGAUCAAAACUGUUCCUGUGAUAAAACCAACAUUCAUUCGAUGAAGUCAUUAAACAUUCCCAUUCUAGUGAAUGACAAAGUGCCAGUCUUGUUGCAGCAUUCUGUGAAGGAUAUGCCCAGUGACAGGACGUUGCAAUCGGACACGGUCGAAUUUCACCAGUUUCACAAUGUGUCGGUGAAGUCUAAUUCAGAAAAACUCAAUGUUAAAUUGCAACCAGAAACGCACACACAGACAGUGAAUACUAUAGUGUCUGAAAUGGAUAAAAGUACAAAAACGACACCAGUGGCAACCUCUGUGAUAACCUCUGUGAUAAUCGACAAAAGUGCCGCGUUUGUUCAUCAGUCACAAGGAUCUGAGGGCGAAAUGUCACCUUCAAAUAAUCAAAAAGAAAACAAGUUUACCUUCACUGUCGGAAGUAUGUCGCCAGACGGCGACAAUAAAGGGCAGGAGAAGUUUUCUUUCAAACUUGGUGGCAGUUCGGUCGUGAGAGAGGACCGCAGCAGCAGUGAUAGUUCACAUAAAAGUAAAAGUCGGACUAGCAGUUUCAACACGGACUCCACAACAAGUGGUAUAAGUUCUUGCGACUCUGGCCUCAUGCCCACAUUGACGGUUUCACCUCUGAGUCCAAUCGCGAGCGCGUCAUCUCUCAAUACUAUACCGGCAUCCGUACAGCUUGACACGACCGACAAGGUCCACCCUUCGACUGUCAACCGACGACUCGUUAACUUGACGCGCGUCCCUAGUCUGCGGAGGCGAUCAGCCGCGUCGUCUCUCGGGAUCAGCCGCAGCGUGGAAACAGUUUCUGCGUACACAAGUUACCGUGAUGCUCUCGGUUACGCGACACUCCGGAUAAUUAAGCGACAGAGGACGUACAGUUCAGAGGGGGAAGGUGACGCUUCGGUCUCCCUGUUUGUGGAGCCGCUGAUUACGAGAACGUGCAGUACAGAGUCGGAUAGCAGCGUAGACAACAUGUAUCUGAGCACAAUACGAAGCAACAUGAGCUGUGCGUCUCUCGUGGACUGUGAAGUUCAGCAAACGAGUCCGUUCAACACGUUAAACAAGUCGGCCAUCAAGGCGAACAAACCCACUAACCGAUUCAUAGGUCUCACACUCCCUGUCGACAUUCACAUGAUAUUCGAGGUCAUUGAAGGUGAAGAUCAGAGAUCAUCAGUUUCAGCAAAAGAUGAAUACACAAAAAUCAGCAACAGGCUUUCUGUGAGAAAGGGUUCGUUGUCGGUGAACGUCCCACCACUGAAAUAUGAUUCUCUGUUUGAGCACCAGGCAGAUAUUUGUUUGGUGUGCAGACGCAACCGGCAGUCUCAGAAAUCUGACCAUGAGGAAGAUUAUAUUCGGGAUUACAACGACAUUCCUCCGAUUGACUGUGAUUCGGAUGGAGGGACGGGCCAGUUAGGGGGCUCUCUUCAAGGUAUCAAGACGAGUCGACCUCGCGGAGAAAGUAUCAUAGUCUCGUCAGAAACCCCGGGAAGUGGAACCAGUGAAACAAGUUCAGACACAGCGCCCAAGAAGCUGAGUGAAGACACCCCCGAAGGCCGGACUCUCGUGCGGAAGGAAAUCCUCCGUCUCAUCAUCAGUCUGUGUAGCUCAGUAGGACUCAAGGGAUCGGAGCAGGCUUUACUCACAUUAAAGCAGAAGUUUCCAAAGGCAUUCCAAGAUCUGUGUUUCUAUUCGGAUGUCAGUGACCUGUUGGCAAACUAUUCCUUCCGUCUGCUGGCCAGGCGCUUUAUUCAAGAACUGUUUGACGAGUUCGAUAUUACUCUGCUUCUGGAGGAACCUAGAAACAUGUUAGGAAUUAGCAACACGGAGAAAAAUGGAAACCUGGCCUCUGUGCGGCAGGAAAGUCUUGACAGCUUCCCAGAAUCCUUCAGAUGACCAGACUCGCGGAGAUGUCAUUCAUAAUCUUACUAAUGAUGUUAUUAACAUUGUUCAAUUGGUCUGACCUGUGUGAAGUGUAUAUUAAACAUCUCUUAUUGGUCUUAAUCAGUUAAUGAAUCUACUGUUUUAUCCACCUGACAGUGGAGAAAAAACAUAGGUUACUUCAGGGGGGUUUUAACCUUAAUUUUCAACCUUCUCAUGUGUAAAAAACAUUGGUGCCAGAAUUAUUAUUAUUAUUGUCUUAAUCCAACUGCCCCCUUCUCUUUCUCUCCUUUGAAUUCCAUCUCAUUUCUUCCCGAUCAGGCAACUCCUAACUUUCAACUUCUUUCACAGCCCACCUCCA